AUGUAUGCCGUGAUCGACGAACAUAGCAACAAGUCACUUGCUCGUCCAGAGUUCUUUGAGUUGUUCAGUGACUGCGGCCCCACAUCUUCUUAUUCACUUAGGACCUGCGCUGGAAUCAUAGAAAUGGUUGGGAGAAGAGCCUAUGGGUACAGAAUUGAAUCCAUAGAUGGACGCACCAGCCUGCCCCUUCCAACAUUAAUUGAGUGCGCUGAUGUGCCGGAUAAUCGCUCGGAAAUCCCAACACCAGAAGCAGCCCUUCAUCACAAGCAUUUGGCUAGCAUAGCAACGGAGAUUCCCAACUUGGACCAGGAGGCCCCUAUUUUGCUACUCCUGUGUCGUGACAUUAUCGACGUACAUAAGGUUCACGCCCAGAUCAAUGGUCCUCACAGCGCACCUUAUGAUCAGAAACUAGACAUGGGCUGGGUGAUAGUGGGGAAUGUAUGCCUUGGGGGAACGCAUAAACCAACCACUGUAGACACCUUCUUCACCAGCACCCGAGAAGGAAGCCGCCCUACAAACUUUGGGCCUUGUCCCAACACAUUCUGGGCCAAGGAAAGAUACUGCCAGAAAGAAUUGGGUAGCUCCGUGUUUCAACUGACUAAGGAGGACGACCGACUGGCCUACUCCAUAGAAGACAGAAUCUUCAUCGAUAUCAUGGAAAAAGGCGUGAGGAAGAAUAGUCACUGCAGCUGGGUAGCGCCUCUUCCACUCAAGCCAUCCAGACUUCGACUUCCUAACAACCGACAACAAGCAGUCAGUCGACUCAACUCACUGACUCGCCAAUUCAGGAGGAAGCCGCGUUUGGCACAGGACUUCUCCUUCAUGGAAAAAAUCUUCGCUAAUGCUCGGGCAGAAGUGGCCCCUCCACUCAAAAAGGAAGAAAAGAAAUGGUACUUGCCUAUGUUCGGCAUUUACCACCCAAAAAAAACAAACAAAAUCAGAGUUGUCUUUGACUCCAGUGCCCAAUAUAAUGGAGUAUCAUUGAAUAACGCCCUAUUAACCGGGCCAGAUCUAAACAACAACUUGAUAGGAGUUCUGAUCCGUUUCCGAAGGGAGCCCGUGGCAAUCAUGGCUGAUGUCGAGCAAAUGUUUUACUGUUUUCUCGUGAAAAGAGAGCACAGAGACUUUCUGCGAUUCCUGUGGUAUAAAGACAAUGACCCUGAUAAGGAAAUAGUCGAAUAUAGGAUGAAAGUCCACGUAUUCGGCAACAGUCCAUCACCGGCAGUGGCAACUUACUGUCUCAGGAAAUCUGUCGGCGGGACACACCCGGAGUGCAGCCCUGCUCUGCUGUUGUUCAGUACGUCCACCGUGACUUUUAUGUGGACGAUGGACUAA